UUGAACACUAGCGUCUAUUAACUUCGAUCGUAAUUGUAAAUUUGCAUUCGGAUAUUAUAAAACUUGUAUGGUGUUUUCUUUGUGAAAAAUGGCGUUCAGAAGUUUGUUUUUAUGUUUGCUUGUGGCCACAUACGCAAGUGCUCAAUAUAAGGUAUGCGUACCCCGGUCAGAAUCAUUGACUUGUCAAAAUAUUGCCAAAGAUGACAGCGAAGUGGAGUGUGUUAGCAUCGAAUCCAGGUUAGACUGUGCGGUAAAGCUGGCCCGUGGUGAAGCCGACAUCGGCUCAUUCUCCGAGGAGGAACUCCUGGUGAUAGCACAAGUACAACCAAGUGACGCUCAAGUGAUAGCCACCAUCAGAAGUUCACAGAAACAAGACGUACCGUACGCAUUCGAGGCUGUAGCAAUUGUGCCAAAUAACCAUAGCGGAGGACUGGAAGGUCUCAGAGGCGGUAGAUACUGCCACCCAGGACUUGAUUCGCCAGAUCUCAGAUGGUCUCCAAGAGUACUGAAGGCAUUGGAACUUAGUGCUGCACGCAGCGAUCGCUGUCCCGGUGCAAAUACGGAUUUUAAAACCGCUGAAGAAUUAGAAAUUGAGGAGUUGAAUAACUUCUUCUCUGCCGCCUGCAGGCCUGGACCCUGGAGUUACAACGCCACAGUCGACGCUGAUCUGAAAAGUCGAUUCCCGUCUCUAUGCUCAAUGUGCGAAGGUGGUACUUGCAAUGGAUACGCUAGGUCCGCUGUCCAAAUAGCGGGCGGUAAUACCAAUAACAGACAUAUCCAAUCUCUCAACUGUUUGGUCACAAACGGUACAGUCGCAUUCGUCGCCUGGCAACACGUUCAAGAAUUCUUCCGCAUAAGCAACCCUCAACAUUUGUCGCUGUAUUCUGUGCUGUGCUCCAAUGGUUCAUUACAGCAACUGUCAGCUGAAAUUAUAGAUCAGUCGGUCUCCCCUUGUGCCAUUAUACGCCAACCAUGGAGGACCAUCCUCGCUUCGAACUCCAAUGCUGCAGCAAUCAGAGAAAGGCUCCAGGCUCUUUGGCCUGCAGGUGCGGACCCAGCUGGCAACAGUUGGCAGUCAGCUCUUUACCAAACCCUCGUCGGUGGAUCUGAGUUCACGGUCACCUUCGAAGAGACUUUGAACACGCCUGCAAACUACACAUCAGAGAUUCGUCCAAUCGACAUCGCCACUUCGCCUGCCUGCUUCUCUCCCCGGCGCUGGUGCACCACCUCCGUGGCUGAACAGGCCAAGUGCUUAUGGACAGCCUCUGCAGCUUACACCCUGGGGAUCCAGCCCCUUAUAACUUGCGAAAGGAGGAGUGACGUCUUCGAUUGCUUGAGCGACAUCAAAGACGGCAAAGCGGAUUUCUUCGCAGUGGACUCUCACUACGGUUUCCUUGCCAGACAGCACUACAGUCUCUCUCCCGUGAAGUUGGUUCAGAACACACGAGUUGACGCUUCAAGAGUGGCAGCCUUCGUGAAGGAAAGCUCGGCGCAAGCAAACAUCACACGCUUUGAGAAUUUACGCGACAAAGUUGCCUGUUUCCCGGAGUUUGGUGGCAUUGCUUAUGUAUCGUUCGUGAGGACCGCACAUGAGCGUCAAGUGAUAAGUGCGAGCGAGUGUGACUACGCGCGCGCUGUCGGCGAAUUCUUCUCCGGCGCGUGCGCACCCGGAGCCACCGACGCCGCGCACGCCCUCUAUGAGGACUCAAGUUUCAACGCAUCGGUAUUGUGCAGUGCCUGCAAAUCUCGCAACACAAAUAUCACCAGCGGAUCAGACUUUACAUGUGCAUGGGACUACUCCAACUUGUAUUACGGUAACAACGGAAGCCUGUCCUGUCUCGCCGACCCCGCCACUGACGUUGUCUUCGUGGAGACGCAAAAUAUUGCUGCACAAAUGACGCAGUUGCAGUUAAACCCCGAAAAUUACAGAGCGUUAUGUCGCAAUAACACGCUAGCGGCGAGUACCGGAGUUAAUAUUGAUGAUGGAUGUCUCCUCGCUUAUAUCGUAGAUGCCGAAGUUCUAACCAGAAGGAACGAUCCCAUAGCCAACAGCUUGAAUACUCUCCUCGACAGUCUGGAUGUUUUCUUCGGGUACAACCCAAGUACACAGCUGGUUAAUCUGCACCUCUACUCGCCGUUCGAUACCGUCAACGAUCUUCUGUUCAAGGAUACCACUAUAGGUAUCACGGAAGCCAGCAGCGAAGUGAUGCACGAACCUGCCAGGAAUUAUAUCGAGCUCUUCAGACACUUGGAGUCAUGUACUGGCGCAGCAGUACCUAUACCCUCGCCAGGGCUGGCAGCGCGCACCAUAUUCUCAUUUGUAACUGUAUUCGUUACACUUGUCAUUUCUCGUGCCUUUUUGUAAUUUAGGUGAUUAAUUGUAUGGGAGUCAGGGUUGUCGAGUUGGAAGCCGCCGUUUCGUGCGGAGAACUCUAUCGUCUAGGCUAGUGUUUUUCAAAUUUGGUAGCGACUCCUGGGGUUUAUGAAUCCUUACUAAGGAAGGUCUAGAAACCUUGUUAUGGAGGCCCAAAAACAUACUAAGGGAACCUUACUCAUUUUUAGGGUGGGAUAUAGAAGUAUUUUUCUACAUUACUACAAAAAAUAAAAUUUAGAAAAAACAUACUAAAGGUAUCCAAAAAUCUUACUGGAGUUCCUAAAAUAUAUU